CUUAAAUACAUAAAAGAUGUAUAUGAAUUACCAUACAAAUCCAGUGAUUUUAAUAUAAAAGUAAUGUCAGUAAAUAAUGAUAGCAUAUUUUCAUGGCCAAUUACAGAUUUAUUAGGUAAAGCAUGGAAAAUUCCUUUCGGAAAUGAUCCAAAUACAUUUGCAAUAUUUCCUCUUAAUUAUACAAUGUAAUUAUGUGUGUUAAAUAAUAAUUUUUCCAAUAAUGUAAACUACACAUAAUGUAUCACGGAAUAUUUCACAUAAUAGAAAAAUGGACGAGUGCCUAUUUAUCAUUGUGGAAUUUCAUGACGGGCUACAAGUUAUACCCUCAGUAUGGUGCAAUGCUGAUUGUCAUGUAUAUGGCCUAGUCAUAUGAAAACUAAAUACCGUAUUAACAAAGCUAUAAUAGCCAGAGAGGUUCCUCGAGAAAGGUCUGAUUGGGAAGAACUAUCAAUUAAAAGAAUUUUUGGUGGGGCAAAUUCUUAUGAACAAAGUAUACAAAAAUUUAGUCUAACGCAAGACACGUCAAAUAUAGAUGACACUGGGAUGUCGUCAAAUGAUUUAAAAGAACAAAAAACAACAAAGACGUGUAAAAGCUAAGAGAAAACUAUCAUCAUCAUCUUCUUCAGAAGAUAUCUGUUUAAAAAAUGAAGAUAAUAAACUAAAUAUAAGACAAAAUAAAUUCCUGCCUCCUUUCCCUGACAGAAAGAAUUUUGGAUCAAUGGAGAAAGCCAUUGACAAGCCUACAGAAAACAUUACAAAUAUUUUACAUGAAAAAAAUAAGGAAAAUGUUAUUACUACUAUGAAUAGUAAUGAUAAAAAUAACAAGAAGCUUGCUGUGAAUAAUACAAACCUUCAUAUGCAGAAUUCUCCUGAAAAUAUCGAGAAAGAUUUGUGUGCUUAUGAGUUCAAGAAACAAAUUAUAGGAAAAUUGAACAAAAUAUUAUAUAAAUUAGACAACAUAGAAAACAGAAUUAAUAUGACAGAGGAGAAAAUGCAAUUUUCCUACCAUACUUAUGACAACGAUGAAAGCGAUAUCCAUUUCCCGAUUUCUACACUUACUGAGUUAAUAUCAUUUGAAGAUCAAUUACAGAACACAAAAUUUAAAGAUAAAGUUCUUAACAUUUUUAAAUUUGUUGGUGGAGUUAAUGCACAUGCCAUGAUACGGAAUAUUAUGAAAAUGGUAAUGACAGAUACUUUAGCCCAAAAUUUCAGCUGGACAGGAAGAAAAAAUAAACGUAGCUUUAAAGAUUUAAGCCUUUCUAAAAUGAUCAUACAAGCUGUUUGUGUAAAACAAAAGGAACUGACAGAAAAUGACAUUGCAGAAUACACAUCAAAAUGGCUUUCUCAAGCUACUGUAAGAGUUCAAAGAGAUAAGUACGUACAUUUUUUCAUUAGGCACAUCAUGAUUACUUACAGGUUAAUCAGAUUAUUUGAUUUGAUAUUAAAUCGGAUUAUAUUUUAUUGUUCUGUCAACAACUAAGCUUGAACAAAUGGACGUUACUUUUUCUGUUUAAUAUGUUGAGAAAAUUCUGUAUAUUAUCAGAAUAUAAAAUUUUUGCAAUUUUGUUAUAACAUAUUAGUAUGCUUUGACAAAAAUGUAAAACAUUUUAAAUUAGAAUA